AUGAGGCAAAGCCCCAGGGCCCAAGACGCGCGCGCGCCGCCGUCCGCCCUGGUCCGUCGGUGCCUGCGCGCGUCCGGGGCGCGGCGGUCGGCGGACAAGAGCGAGCGGACGCAGAGGACGGAGGAGCCGGCCCGCGCCUUCGACCCGGCGCUGCUGGAGUUCUUGGUGUGCCCGCUCUCCAAGAAGCCGCUCAGAUGUGAAGCAUCAACAAAUGAAUUGAUUAAUGAAGAGUUGGGAAUAGCCCAUCCAAUUAUUGAUGGGAUUCCUAAUAUGAUACCACAGGCAGCUAGGAUGACACAUCGAAAUAAGAAGGAAGAAGAAAUGGAGCAGCACUAGAUUAUAAUUAAAA